GAAGCAGCAAAAAAGUCAUCCUAAAAGUCUAUCUAGAUAAUGUCAGAAGCACUUAUCGGAUGAUUUUAGUUUGCACUAUAGUAACUCAAUUGAAAUUUAACUCUAUGUACAAUAUUGGAAAAAAUCAACUCAAUCACAUUCGAAUCAACAUAUCCCAACGAUUAGGUUGAGGUGGGCUUAAGCGGAAGUUGCCCAAAAUACAUGCAAUGUUAAUUAGCUCGAUGAUAAAAGAACGGCUUCAAAAUAAGUAGAGAAAGCAUUGUGGCUAGCCAAAAUAUUGCGUUUGAGAACGCACUUCAUAAUACUUUGUAAGAACAUUCAAAUCCCACGUAGAUACCCUACUCCAAAACUGGUGACAGCAAUACCGCUCAUUCCCAUCCUUCUUCGUUCUCCCAUGGCAUCUCAUUCUCUUCGUCGCAAAACCUCCUUACCUCCAUCAUCAUCGUCAUCUUCGUCACCUUCUCUUCCAUGGAUUUCCCCUCUCCAAUACCUUAAACCCACCUCCCAGCAUCCAUCUUUGCCGCCGCCGUCGCCGAAUUCGGCAGACUCGGCCACCAGAGUCCGCCGCUCUCGCUUUAUUUCACACGCCGACGCCGUCCGCCUAAUCACCCGGCAACCCGAUCCCCAGCAGUCACUUGACCUCUUCAACUCCAUCGCCGCCCAAUCAGGCUUCUCCCACAACCACUCCACUUACGCCGCCCUCCUCGUCCGUCUCGCUCGCGCUCGCCUCUUCCCCGCCGUCGACGCCGUUCUCCGUCGAGCCGCCUCCGAACCCUGUCGAUUCCAUGAAUCCCUCCUCAUCUCUCUCAUGCCCAUGUUCUCCCGCUCCUCUCUUCAUGAAAAAAUACUCGAAGCCUUCCACCUCAUUCUCCCCAUCACUCGCACGAAGCCAUCUAAUAAAGCUCUUAGCACCUGCCUCAACCUCCUGGUCGAAGCAGGCCGCAUUGAUCUCAUAGAAAAACUCCUUUUUGAUGCCAAAACCAAGUUAAUGCUAGAGCUCAAUACUUGCACGCUUAACAUCCUCGUUAAGCUCCAUUGCCGUGCGGGUGACCUCGCCUCUGCCUUCCAUUUGAUCGAAGAAAUGCGUCAAUCGAAGUCCUCUACCCCCAAUUUGAUAACUUACUCUACGCUGAUCGGUGGGUUAUGCUCUGAGGGACGUCUCAAGGAUGCCUUCCAACUGUUCGAGGAAAUGAUUGAGAAAGACCACAUCGUGCCUGAUCCACUUACAUAUAAUUUGUUGAUUCAUGGGUUUUGCCGGCACGAAAGUGUGGAGAAGGCGAGGACAAUAUUGGGUUUCAUGAGGAACAAUAACUGUGAGCCAAAUAACUUCAAUUACUCCACGCUGAUGAAUGGUUUCUGCAGGGAAGGAAGGCUGGAGGAGGCAAAACAAGUUUUUAAUGAGAUGCAGAGUGUUGGGCUGGAGACUGAUGCUGUGUGCUACACAACAUUGAUAAAUUGUCUUUGUAGGGCUGGAAAAAUUGAUGAGGGGAUUGAAUUAGUGACAGAGAUGAGAGAUAGCGGAUGCGAAGCUGAUGUAGUUACAUACAAUGUGUUGAUUGAAGGAUUGUGCAGGGGAGGGAGAGUUGGAGAGGCAAUGGCGAUGUUAGAGGGAUUGCCUCAUGAAGGUGUUCGACUAAAUGUUGCAAGCUAUAGGAUUGUGAUGAAUUGCUUACUUGGGAAUGGCGAGGUUGAUAGAGCGGUUGGAUUGCUCGGUUUAAUGCUUGGAAGACGGGUUCUGCCUCAUUAUGCAGCUUCAAACAAGUUUUUGCUCUUGCUCUGCGAGGUUGAAAGGCUGGUAGAUGCCACAGUUGCAUUGUUCGGGUUAGCGGAGAUGGGGUUCGUGCCUGAGACUGGGACUUGGUUGGCACUGGCUGGGUCAGCAUGCAGAGAGAGGAAACUUAAAAAGGCAAUUGAAUUACUUGAUGAUUUGGUUGGUGGAGAUGCACCUGAUUGAGAUGCAAGCUUUAAAGGAUUUCUGUUAAACUUUUUGGAUUCUAUUGGGAAGAAAUAUUGUUUGCAUAAGCAGUCAGUAUAUCUUGCAGUUAGAAUGAGAGAAACUCCAUGGAUGGUCAGAUUUGGCAGAAUUUUAUUCAAGGGUAAGUCCCCUUUUGGUGUUUCUCUGAACUAUAAUUGAUGAUGCUAUGAUAUGAUGAGUUCAGGAAAGUAACUUAUGAGGAAAAGGAAGAUCUUAUUUCGGCCAUGUUAGACUUGCUCGAAUGCAUUAAAUGUGGGGCUAAAGGCAUAUUUGCAAAUUUUCUGUUGGGACUGAUUGGCCAAGCAGAAUUCAGACUAACAAUGCCCCCUUGGAAUAUAUGGCACAAAAUACUUCAAUUUUAGCCUUCAUAUCAGGCCUUUGAAGCUGUGUGAAGCUGCAACUAAAUAAUUUUAGCAUGAUAUGAUAGGAUAAUUUCACUUAAAUAAUUUGUGUAUAAGGCAGGGUAAAACUGCGUGUAUCAACUCAUUUUCAAACCUCAGGUACACGGUUUUAACAAGAAAAGAAUUUCAAAGAUGUGUUAUAUUGGUCUGAGUAUUCCAAACUGUGAUGGCUCAGGGUGGUCUAUCUUGUACAUCUACAAUCGCUAUCAUAUGGUUCUCAGUUACUGUUUUAGGUUAUGAUGGUUGAAUGGAAGAGUGGAGAGCAUAUGAGCUAUUGAAUGAAAGCAAAAAUGAGGAAACAGUGGGAGAUUUGAAGAAACAUUUUGUUGAAGCUGUUAAUUCAGUGCAUUUUACGGUAUGCACUUUAGAAAAUAGAAAGCUUGAUUGGCAUGUUUGGAAAUGGAGGAAAAUCAUUCAGUUAACAUGCUAAAUUCUGAGUUGAUAUCCUACCCUUCUACAAGGCCACCUUUGGUUGACCACUUCCAAACAACUUUGCAGUGAUUGUGUCCACUUAUAUUGUUGAUAUACUGUUUCAAACUUAAGGUAAAGUUUUCAUCCUCUGGGGAAGUCUACUACAAUCUCAAGCACUUUAUCUACAGACAGUUGGUUCUAUCCAAGAAGAAAUCCUUCAACUCGAAGUUGAAAGGGGUUGCCUGUCUUGAGGCAGCUAAGAUGAUCUAAUUGACAAGGAUGUUGCAACUACAAUGGCCUGAUGAUUGUGUUAUAGAAGUCAGAAGUUGAUAAGUAAGUUGAUUAAUAAAUAUAGUUGAUAUUAAUGAGCUCUACUAUUGAGUUAUUCGUUAACUUAUCAAACAAGUCUUAUUGAGUUCAUUAACGAACAAUCAUAUCGAGCCUUAUUGAGCUUA